AUGAACAAGUACAACCUCCUCUGCAUUAUCUAUGUCUGCCUUGGAUCCGUCUUCUAUGGGUACGAUUCUGGUUGCACAACGUCCGUCCUUGGCUACCCGGCCUUCCUCGAAUACUUCAACUUGAAUUCCGUCACGAUCGGCGCCUUUGGCUCUGCCUACUAUGGCGGACACGUCUUGGGCGCGUGCUUGAAUUUUUGGCUGCCCAAUAAGAUCGGGCGCCUGCGGACUAUUCAAAUCGCCUGUGUUAUCUCUCUCCUGGGAAUCUCAAUGCAGACUGGGGCGCCUUCAUUCCCGGUAUUUUGUGCUGGCCGGAUCAUCGGUGGUAUUGCCACAGGUAUUAUGUUCUGCUUGUGUCCCACCUAUGCCGCCGAAAUCAGUCCUCCCCAUAUAAGAGGCAGAGUAGGUGGUCUCUACGCAUUUAAUGGAAACUUUUCGUACAUGUUCACUGAGUGGGUGGGCCUCGGCUGCUUUUUCCUCAAGUCUAAUGCCUCAUGGCGCUUGUUGCUCGGGGGCCAACUGGUACCUUCAGUGAUGAUGCUUGGACUAUCUUUCUUCAUGCCAUUUUCCCCCCGGUGGUUAGCUCUCAAAGGUCGCUACGAAGAGUGUCUGCAGGUUCUCAAGCGGAUGCACGGAGAUAUGCAUGAUGACACUUUCUACCUGAAGGAGUAUCACCAAAUCAAAGCGCAGAUUGAACUGGACAAGAAAGAACAGCUUGGACCUUCGGCGAUCUGGAGGGUACCGUCAUACCGGAAGCGCAUCUUCUUGGUCUGCAUGUUUGCCUUCUGCUCCCAGCUCACGGGAGAGAUACCACUCCAGAACUAUCAGGUCAUUCUCUUCGGCAAGCUGGGUCUGAGCCAGGUGAUGUCUCUUGUCCUUACUGGGAUAUGGGGCUCAGUAGGCGUGUGCUCUGCAAUAUAUGCUGGGUACUUAUCCGACAAGCUUGGAAGACGAAAGAUCAUUUAUAUAAUGUACUUCUUUGUCCUCAGUGGCUCCCUGAUUUCUGUCGUCUUGUGGUCUCGAUUUGAAGCUGGAGGAAGUACCAAUCGAGGCCUCGGCCGAGGCGUCAUUGUUGGCAUGUUCAUGGUCCAGUUUGGCUACGCAGGUCCAGCAAAUAAUCUCAAACUCCAGUACUCAUCCGAGAUCAUGCCUACCGCCAUCCGAACGAUCGGAGUCGCAGCCACCUUUGCUUGUCUGCACGCAAUCAUCAUCCUCUUUGUCCAAGUCACACCGCUGGCCAUCGACGCCAUUUCGUGGAAGUACUUUUUGAUCUUCCUGAUCGGAUCGACAAUCUAUUUUAUAUUCUUCUGCUUCGCGUAUCCGGAGACAAAGAACAAGACCCUCGAGGAAAUAGAGGCUGUGUUUGGGGACAAGGUAGCAGAAACUCUCGAAGAAGCUGGGCAACACCUGGAGGAGAUUUAUGAAGACAGAACUUUCCAUGAGAAGGUGUAG